AUGGAUGUAUCGGCAGGGUUGGCUAGUUCCAAAAGGUUUACGACUACCUACAUCAUCGAGCCACUCUCGGCCCAUGCACACAGUCUAAUCCUAAUGCAUGGCUUGGGGUCUAAUGGAAAGGAAUUUGGCUCUGAACUCCUCAAGACAGGUCUCAGCUCUGAUGGUCGUAGCUUACCGCAACUACUGCCAGGCGCGCGAUUCAUUUUCCCAACAGCAAAGCGACGUCGCUCACGCGCCUUCAGCCGUUCUAAAUUGACGCAAUGGUUUGACAUGGCGUCCUUGGAUGAUCCAUCCUAUAGGGAGUAUACCCAGCUUGAGGGUCUGGAAGAGUCACUUCAUCAGGUGCUUGAGUUGCUUAGUGAAGAGGUGGGCAAGGUUUCGGCACAGAAUGUUCUUCUCGGAGGCCUCAGCCAAGGCAUGGCAAUGUCCGCUAUUUGCUUGCUUUAUCUGGAAUUUCCUUUGGGAGGGUUCAUCGGCAUGAGUGGAUGGUUGCCCUACAGCAAAGACCUGCGGGAAGUCUUGAAGAAUGAUGCCGAAAAUAAUCCGUUUGGUGAGGACCCUUUCGAUGUCCCUGAUGGCAGAAAAUCGGAAGAGCAAGAGCCAAUUCACAAAGCGGUGGACUUUAUUCGGGAUCUGCUUGGGGGUGACCGCCAGGCUCUUUCGCGGAAUGCGCUUGCAACGCCUGUUUUUCUUGGGCAUGGCACGGCAGAUGAGAAGGUUGCCCCCGAGUUGGGAGAGAGCGCAUGCAGUACCCUUCGGGAAAUUGGAUUCAAGGUCUUGUGGAGGGCUUAUCAGGGCCAGGGGCAUUGGUACAAGGUUCCCGAAGAGAUAGACGACAUUCUGGCUUUCAUGAGUACCGAGAUGAAGUGGCCAGUAGGGAACAAUUAA